AUGACCGAAACACUCCAUCUCAACAGCCGAACCAUCUCCCUGCCUACAGGCUUAUUCAUUAACGGUCAAUUUGUAAACAGCAAACAAGGUGCCAAAUUCGACGUCGAAGACCCUGCCACAGGCCAGCCCCUCAUCUCAAUCGUAGAAGGCCGCGAGGACGAUGUUGACGAGGCAGUCCGCGUUGCUCGACAAGUCUUCGACGCCGGAGACUGGGCACAAUCCAACCCCACCUACCGCGCAUCUCUCCUAAAUAAACUUGCCGACCUGUUUGAAGAGAACAAAGACGACCUGAUUGCGCUUGAGUGUGCUGACACCGGCAAGACUCUGAAGCUUUGCUCGUCGCUUGAUUUCCCAGCCUCGGUCGGUACUCUGCGGUAUUAUGCUGGUUGGGCCGAUAAGGUUGCGGGGGAGACUUCAUUUAAUAUCCCUGGUACUUUCGCGUAUACUAGGAGGGAACCCAUUGGGGUUUGUGGGCAGAUUAUUCCGUGGAACUUCCCCUUGAUGAUGUUCAUAUGGAAAAUCGCUCCAGCAUUGGCUACCGGAAACACAGUUGUCAUUAAAUCCGCCGAGGCUACUCCGUUGUCAGCACUCAAGGCCUGUGAAUUGAUCUCCAAGGCUGGCUUCCCGCCUGGCACGCUCAAUCUGGUCUCUGGGUAUGGCAAGACAGUUGGAAGUGCAAUUGCCCACCACAUGGACGUGGAUAAGGUUGCGUUCACCGGCUCUACCACCACUGGACGUGCGAUUCUGCGUGCCUCGGCCGCGUCGAAUCUGAAGAAGGUGACUUUGGAGCUGGGAGGUAAAUCUCCGAACAUCAUCUUCCCCGACGCCGAUGUAGACAAAGCAGUGGACUGGUCCGCAUGGGGCAUCAACAUGAACUACGGCCAGACAUGCCACGCAGGCACACGCAUUUACAUCCACGAAGACAUCUACGAUACAUUCCUGACCAAAUUCACUGCUCGCCUGAAGGAGAUCAUUAUAGGCCAUCCAUUUGACAAGACCACGAAGCAAGGCCCGCAGAACAGCAAGAUGCAAUACGAGAAGAUCCUGGGCUACAUUGAUUCUGGUGUCGAGGAAGGUGCCACGCUGCAUCUUGGCGGAAAGGCUAUUGAAAAAGAGACUGGUGGGUACUACAUCGAGCCGACUAUUUUUACGGAUGUGCGGCCGGAAAUGAAGAUCAUGCGUGAAGAAAUCUUCGGCCCCGUCGUCGCAAUCUCUAAAUUUUCCUCCGAAGCCGAAGUCAUUAAGCACGCCAACGACACUUCAUACGGUCUCGCCGCAGCCUGCCACACCAAGGACUACGAGCGAGCUAUCCGAGUGACGAAUGCGCUGCGGGCGGGCACAACUUGGGUGAACAUGUAUAACUUUGUGCACUGGAGUAUUCCGUUUGGAGGGUUCAAGGAGAGUGGAAUUGGACGGGAGUGUGGAGCGGCUGUGUUGGAGAAUUAUACGCAGACGAAGGCGGUUUUUUUUAAUAUGGGGGUGCCGUGUCCGGAGUAG